AUGGACCCCGGAACAGCUCUUGCUGUGGUAUCGCUCUCGUUCGACCUCUUUGCCAGCUGCGUUAGGGGCUUCGCCUUGAUAUCUGACGCUAGAAACAUCGGAAAGGAUGCAGCCAUCGAACGAACAAAACUCGUCCUUCAAGAGCAUCGACUCAUUGAAUGGGCUAGGGCAAUCGGCCUCAAUCCUCCCAGAGACGAUGGAUCACUGGGGAUACACAAGCAUCCUGCCGCUCUCAUUUUGCUCCAGCUAGAGCAGCUUCUCUCCUCAACGGAUGCUUUGAAAAAGCGCUACAAGUUGGAACUCGUAUUUCCGCCUGAUAAAUCUGAUGACUUGGUCCCUCCCGAACCAGCAAUACUCUCGGAUAACCCGGCUUCGUCGAUCCUUUCAAAUAUUGUGUCACCCGAGAUUCGCCAGGGCAUCCUCAAGCGCGCAUCUACACUUGGCACCGCGAAUCGGUUCCCACGGCGCCUUUACUGGGCCGCUGUCGAUAAGAAGAAGUACGCGGAGCUGGUGCAGGAUGUGACCGGGCUUGUCGAUGGGCUUUGGUCUCUCUUGGACAUUCCUCACCGGAUCCAGACGUCUCGCGCAGUCAACCAGACGCUGCAACUCGCGAUCCAAACGAGUCGGGAUAUCAAGGGCCUUCAGUAUCUCCAGAAAUCCCUUCACGACUCAUUCGCAGAUGCUGGUGUUAGAAACGGCCUCGCUGCCUCGGCUGGCCUGAAGGCACAGCAUAUUCUGCUCACAUCACAUAGUGGUGAUACCCAGCAACAACCGCACUCCGAUGAUGGGACCAGCCUUGUACUACCAGCAGGACUCCCAUCGGUUCUUGACCCUUCCCAGCUGUCUGGCAUUCAUAUGAUGGCAUCAACCAUUGGAUCUGCCCUGUACAAGGGAGACACCGUGCUGAUAGAAGAGAAGCGUGUGCAGCCGAGAAUGAAACCGAAGCUUAAACCACGUGUUGAAGCCCUCGUGCUCCUACUCUCGCAGCCUCCCACGCCAUCCUUUCAGACAUUCCCUUGCCUGGGAUACACUGAAGAGCAGGGGGGGUUCCGGUUGGUCUUCAGAUUCCCUCCUGGAACCGACAGGCCUCCUUCCCUGCUCAGCGUGUGCCAGACGCUUCUGAGCUUCCACACAGCAGGCUGGCUGCAUAAGGACAUGCGAUCUGAAAACAUUCUCCUCGUCUCUCCGGCCUCUAGCCCGUCAAUUAACCGCUCAAGUAGACCAUAUCUCUGCGGUUUCUCAUUCGCACGACAAGGUUCGCCGACCGAGAUCAGCGAGCAGCCAUCCGAAGAUCUCUCAAGGGACAUUUAUCGGCAUCCCAAAGCUCUCGGAGAGCCUUCGGACAGCUUCGAGCGCUACAUGGAUGCAUAUUCUCUGGGCUGCGUUCUGAUAGAGAUCGCAGAAUGGGCACCCCUCCGAAAGAUCGUCAAGAAGCGCGUUGAUAUCAGCGAUGGCAGUGGCGUGACAUUGGCUGACGUUGCAUCGCUCUCACAGUGGAUGCAUGAUCGAUACAUAACUGAUGGAUAUGCAGGGUUUCGACUCGGGGUUGGGUUUGCGAGGAUGCUUGCUCUGUGCAUUCCAGCAGGAGAUGAAAAGCCGAACUUGGCUGACUUCUAUUCUGCACUUGAAAACAUGGCUGCUUAUUUAAUUGACGUUUAA